CCAGACGGGGGCGCCAGCGUCGCUUUGGCCUGCGCCGUUCUGCGCGAGCGGUGUGUUCCUGCGUCGUUUGCUUUGCUUCCUAGUCCAGGCAGUCCAGGCAGCGGAUCAGACCCCGGACAGCGGUUCGGCGCACUUUCCGAGCGUCGCUGCGCCACCGGCGCCAAGUUCAGCCACCAUGGGGAUUCAGUUCCUCAAGGUGUCCAACAUGUCGAAGCCCACUCCCAACGCGGCCACCCCGUCCGCGGCAGCGCCCCCUGCCGCCCAGGGUGGCCAAGGCGUCCAGGGUGGUGUGCAGGGCGUCCAGGGCGUCCAGGGCAUUCAGGGCGUCCAAGGCGCUAAGGGCGUCCAGGGCGUUCUCGGCGGCAUCCACGGCGGCGUCCACGGCAACGCCCAGGGCAGCGUCCCCAGGUGCGGCCAUUGGGGAGGGCUGCAGGGCUGCGGGCUGGGGGCACCCAAGCCCCGCACCAUCGCCAAGCGAGUCAGUAACAGGGCCAAGCGAGUCUACGUGAUGCAGGGGCGGCCGCUGCUGAGCAGGGUGUACCGCUUCUUCGGGCUGCGCCACGGCACCAUGCUGAUCGCCAUCCACGACCUGAUGUGGAGCUCGUUCGUGGUGUUCAUGCUGGUGCUGGCCACGGCGCACACGCGGGAGAUGUCGCGUAUGGUGGAGAACGACGUGCAGGCCCAGAUGGCGGAGCGCGCAGGGGCGGCCGUCGACGGCGAGAAGCACCACCAGCAGCACCACGCCGGUCAGGCCGGCCAGGCCGGGCAGCCCGCCCUGCCCGACACGCGCUCCUUCUACGAGCGGUACAUCGAGGCGGCCAUGUCCCAGGCCAUGUCCCAGGCCCAGUUCAGCAAGGAGAUGCACGAGAACGAGGUGAAGCUCAACAACGGGCUGCACAUCGCCACAGCAAUGACCGUGGUCAUGGUGUUUGGAAUCUCCAUGGCCGGCAUCGACAUGAUCGCUUCUAUGAUGCUGUUGGCUGGAGCCGCUCUGCACGUGCGGCAGCUCAUGAUGCCCUGGCUGUCCCUGCGCUUGCUGGAGAUGAUGCUCCUCGUCGGCAGCACCGUGGUCUCCAUGUUCUGCUACGACCACGGCCUCAUCUUCUUCAAGGUGCUCUUCACCGUCUGCCUCAUUAUCUUCGUCGUCUUCUACCACUGGCUGGUGGCCUACUCGCUCCACGAGCACCUCUGCCGCCUGGAGCGCACGGGGCUCGUGCACCACACCCGGCCCAGCCACCACCGCCACGGGGACAGCGUGACCACGCUGACGGCGGCCACGGUGGUGACCCACAGCUCCGGCCACCAGAUCCCGGUCCACACCUGCGACGCGCCUCUCUGCCCCAACGCCGGCCGCAUCUACAACAACCACCUGUUCAACCCCUCCUCCAAGGCGUACCUGGUCCCGGUGGUGGACUGCCGCCACACGUGUGGGGACACGACGGGCCUGCUCUCCGCCGCCAUCGGCCAGCCCAUGUCCGCGCCCCCCGCCACCCUCGCACCAAAAGAUGAGCUCUCUAGACCUCUUUUAACUGUUUCCUUCAGUGCCUAUAGAAGUGUGAUGAGCAGAUCACCUCCAGUACGAAACAUGUGCAGAAUGGCUGUGAUUGCUCGUUGUGAUUUGAAAAAGAAAAAAGGAAUGAGCAGGCUGCCAAGAAAAAGUUGUGGUAAAGCUGCACUUUGUUAUACUUUUAAAUGUGUUAUCUCAGAGCGCUACUGA